AUGGACGUGGACGUGGACGUGGACAUGGACGUGGACGUAGACGUGGACGUGGACAUGGACGUGGACGUGGAUGUGGAUGUGGACGUGGACGUGGACGUGGACAUGGACGUGGACGUAAACGUGGACGUGGACGUGGUCAUGGACGUGGACAUGGACGUGGACAUGGACGUGGACAUGGACGUGGACGUGGACAUGGACGUGGACGUGGACAUGGACAUGGACGUGGACGUUGACAUGGACGUGGAUGUGGACAUGGACGUGGACGUGGACAUGGACGUGGACAUGGACGUGGACGUGGACGUGGACAUGGACGUGGACGUGGACAUGGACGUGGACAUGGACGUGGACGACGUGGACGUGGACCUGGUCGUGGACGUGGACGUGGACGUGGACAUGGUCGUGGACGUGGACGUGGACGUGGACGUGGACAGGGACGUGAACAUGGACGUGGACAUGGACGUGGACAUGGACAUGGACGUGGAUGUGGACAUGGACGUAGACAUGGACGUGGACAUGGAGGUGGACAUGGACGUGGACAUGGACGUGGACGUGCACGUGGACGUGGACGUGAACAUGGACGUGGACGUGGACAUGGACGUGGUCGUAGACGUGGAGGUGGACAUGGACGUGGACGUGGUCGUGGACGUGGACAUGGACGUGGAUGUGGACGUGGACGUGGACGUGGACGUGGACAUGGACGUCGACGUGAACGUGGACGUCGACAUGAACGUGGACGUGGACAUGGACGUGGACAUGGACGUGGACGUGGACGUGGACAUGGACGUGGACGUGGACGUGUACGUGGACAUGGACGUAGACGUGGAGGACUUGGACGUGGAGAUGGACGUGGACGUGGACGUGGACAUGGACGUGGACGUGGACGUGGAUGUGGACGUGGACUUGGACGUGGAAGUGGACGUGGACGUGGACAUGGACGUGGACGUGGACGUGGACAUGGACGUGGACAUGAACGUGGACGUGGACGUGGACGUGGACGUGGACAUGGACGUGGACAUGGACGUGGACAUGGACGUGGACAUGGACGUGGACGUGGACGUGGACGUGGACAUGGAUGUGGACGUGGACGUGGAGGAUUUGGACGUGGACAUGGACGUGGACGUGGACGUGGACGUGGACCUGGACGUGGACAUGGACGCGAACGUGGACGUGGACGUCGACAUGGACGUGGACAUGGACAUGGACAUGGACGUGGACAUCGACGUGGAUGUGGACGUGGACAUGGACGUGGACAUGGACGUGGACUUGGACAUGGACAUGGACGUGGACAUGGACGUGGACAUGGACGUGGACGUGGAUGUGGACGUGGACAUGGACGUGGACGUUGACGUGGAUAUGGACGUGGACGUGGACGUGGACAUGGAAGUGGACGUGGACGUGGACAUGGACAUGGACGUGGACGUGGAGGACUUGGACGUGGACAUGGACGUGGACGUGGACGUGGACGUGGACAUGGACGUGGACAUGGACGUGGACAUGGACGUUGACGUGGACAUGGACGUGGACAUGGACGUGGACGUGGACGUGGACGUGGACAUGGAUGUGGACGUGGACGUGCACGUGGACAUGGACGUGGACGUGGACGUGGACGUCGACAUGGACGUGGACGUGGACGUGGAGGACUUGGACGUGGACAUGGCGUGGACAUGGACUGACGUGGACGUGGACGUGGACGUGAACGUGGACGUGGACAUGGACGUGGACGUGGACGUGGACAUGGACGUGGACGUGGACAUGGACGUGGAACGUGGACACGUGGACAUGGACGUGCAUGUGGACGUGGACAUGGACGUGGACGUGACAUGGACCGUGGACAUGGACGUGGACAUGGACGUGGACAUGGACGUGGACGUGGACAUGGACGUGGACUGGACGUGGACAUGGACGUGGACAUGGACGUGGACGUGGACAUGGACCGUGGAGUAUGAGGACGUGGACAUGGACGUGGAGAUGGACGUGGACGGAAGUGGACAUGGACGUGGACGAUGGACGUGGACAUGGAACGUGGACAUGGACGUGGACAUGGACGUGGACAUGGACGUGGACGAGGACAUGGACUGGACAGGACGAAAUGGACUGGACAUGGACGUGGACGUGGACGUGGAACAAUGGACGUGGCGUGACAUGGACGUGGACAUGGACGUGGACAUGGACGUGGACGUGGACGUGGACGUGGACAUGGACGUGGACAUGGACGUGGACGUGGACAUGGACGUGGACAUGGACGUGGACAUGGACGUGGACGUGGACAUGGACGUGGACAUGGACGUGGACAUGGACGUGGACAUGGACGUGGACAUGGACGUGGACAUGGACGUGGACGUGGACAUGGACGUGGACAUGGACGUGGACAUGGACGUGGACGUGGACGUGGACAUGGACGUGGACGUGGACGUGGACGUGGACGUGGACGUGGACAUGGACGUGGACGUGGACGUGGACGUGGACGUGGACGUGGACGUGGACAUGGACGUGGACAUGGACGUGGACGUGGACGUGGACAUGGACGUGGACGUGGACAUGGACGUGGACGUGGACGUGGACAUGGACGUGGACGUGGACAUGGACGUGGACGUGGAGGACGUGGACGUGGACGUGGACGUGGACGUGGACGUGGACAUGGACGUGGACAUGGACGUGGACGUGGACGUGGACGUGGACAUGGACGUGGACAUGGACGUGGACAUGGACGUGGACAUGGACGUGGACAUGGACGUGGACAUGGACGUGGACAUGGACGUGGACAUGGACGUGGACGUGGACGUGGACAUGGACGUGGACGUGGACGUGGACAUGGACGUGGACGUGGACGUGGACGUGGACAUGGACGUGGACGUGGACGUGGACAUGGACGUGGACGUGGACGUGGACAUGGACGUGGACGUGGACAUGGACGUGGACAUGGACGUGGACAUGGACGUGGACAUGGACGUGGACAUGGACGUGGACAUGGACGUGGACGUGGACAUGGACGUGGACAUGGACGUGGACAUGGACGUGGACAUGGACGUGGACAUGGACGUGGACGUGGACAUGGACGUGGACAUGGACGUGGACAUGGACGUGGACAUGGACGUGGACGUGGACGUGGACGUGGACAUGGACGUGGACGUGGACGUGGACGUGGACAUGGACGUGGACAUGGACGUGGACGUGGACGUGGAAAGUGGACGGGAGACAUGGACGAUGUAA